AUGAGGAUUGCAAUACCAGCGAUAGCCAAAUUCCACGCGAUAGGAUUAGCAAUGAAAGAGAAAAAUCCAAAAUUCUUAGCGACAAUGAAGAAGCGCGCGCGGCCAGCCGACGAACCUCGCGCCGGUGGCAAAGUCGACCGCGUCAAGUUCUUCGAUUUUCAAAGCUACUGCUUCGCCAGUCCGAUGACGGACUUGCCGCACUUCAUUUUCGCGAGCAUGCGACGGCAAUUCGAAGACUUCGACGAGCUGACCGAGCUCUGCCGAGUCACCGUUGGCGACGUUUUGCGCUGAGCUAGACUACGAUGCAAAUCCGUUCGAGAGAGAGCUUC